AUGGCCGCGCGGUCGAUGUGGGCGGUCCGGCGAUGGGUGCAGCGCCUGCUGGCCUCAAGUGCCGCGUCUGAGAGCAGGGGAUGGCUGCACCCAUUUAGCACUGCCACCCAGAGAAGUGGUGAGGACUGCAGUUCUGAGGACCCUCCUGAUGAGCCUGGGCCCUCUCUUGCUGAACAAGCCUUAAGGCUAAAAGCUGUUAAACUGGAGAAAGAAGUCCAGGAUUUAACACUGAGAUACCAGAGAGCUGUAGCUGAUUGUGAAAACAUAAGGAGAAGAACCCAGAGAUGUGUGGAAGACGCCAAGAUAUUCGGAAUCCAGAGUUUCUGUAAGGAUUUGGUGGAAGUGGCAGACAUUUUGGAGAAGACUACUAAGUGCAUAUCUGAAGAAACAGAACCUGAAGAUCAGAAGCUCACUCUGGAAAAAGUCUUCAGGGGGUUGUCACUUUUAGAAGCCAAGCUGAAAAGUGUAUUUGCCAAGCAUGGCCUGGAGAAGAUGGCACCUAUUGGUGACAAAUAUGACCCUCAUGAGCAUGAACUCAUCUGUCAUGUGCCAGCUGGUAUUGGGGUGCAGCCUGGCACUGUGGCAUUAGUAAGGCAUGAUGGCUACAAACUUCAUGGCCGCACCAUUAGACUUGCCCAGGUGGAAGUGGCAGUAGAGUCUCAGAGACGACUUUGAACAGGCCAUCAGGAACUGAACAUUCUCCCAGAGUACAGUCACCUGUGUUUCCUUUAUUUAUUAAACUAGGUUUGUAUUGUACAUGAGGUACUUCAUGUGAUCUGUUUUUGGAUUUAGUCAUAUUGGCUUUAUUUCUAAGCUAUUCUAUUGAUUUUAUGUGACCUAUUGGUCUCAUCAGAAGUCUUGCCACUGGGCACUUGAACAAUGUGACAAGUGUUCUUAUGGCCUUUAUCAAAAUGUGUUUACGAAAAUUAUUUUUAAAUUGGUUCUCUGAUGACUUUGAAUCCAAAAUCCUCUUAAGCAUGUAUUUUCACAUUAAUUGGAAUUAGUAUAGUGUCUUGUAUAUAUUAUCUUUUGUGGAAAAGGAAACAAUAGGAAUUAGUUCUUCAUUUGGGUACUUGGAUGAUAAAGCUUUACACUUGUAUAGAUGUAGAUCAUUUGAGUUGAUUUUUAUAUACAUAGAUUUUCAGAACUUACGUUUUUUUAUUAUUUUACAUUUAGUCAUCUUUUAUCCUUGUAGUCCUCUGCUAGGGGUCCCUCUUAUCUUACUGUCCCAUACCUAUCCCUUUCUGAUCCCAUUUGGAAGGGCUAAAGGACCAGGCCAGACUUGGAAGGCAGGUAGCUUUAACAAAUUCAAGAUACCCCCUUUCCUUUCAGGCCAGUAACUAUUUUCAGCCUCCCUGGGUUUAUAGUUUCAGGCAAACCAAGGCAGCACCAACAGCUAAUGGCCCAAACAAGUCUGUAUAGGUAAUUACCUGUAGCUCUUCAUUCCACCAGACCUGACUCUUCUGCCUCUUUGUUACCUUUGCUUUAGGAUUCUAUAUUAGAUUAUGAGAAAAUGCUAGGUUCUCGUAAUUUCUCAUCUCAUUCUAAGAUUUUUGUUUGUUUGUUUUUUCUUUUCUUUAGUUGAUACCAAUCACUACCUCUCUUACGUUGACAAACUUUUUUGGUUUUUUUGGUGCUGGGGAUUGAACCCAGGGUCUCCCACAUGCUAGGCAGAACAUUCUACCACUGAGCCACACCCCUAGCCCAACAAGCUUUAUUUCCUAGUUUGUGUAGCGUAGCCAUUGUUAGUCAUACUGUAUAAACAUCUAAUUCUGCUUUUAUGUAUUAACCUCCUAAAGUUAAUGGACCUAAGUGGUUUUUGCAGUCUUAACAGCUGGUAUUGUGUAAAAGGUUUAUCCAGUAAACGACUUAAUGAAUGGAUAAUGUAUCAGGUAGACUUUAGAAAGAAGGUUAAAUAGUAUUUUAAUGUUAGAAGAGGCCUUAAUCUCAUCUCAACCUUUCUGCUGCUUCUGAAGUAUGAAAAUUAAGUCCUAUUUAGAACUGGACCCAAAGGGAGAAAGUCUCCAAUGACUAAAUGUCAGUCUGUAAGAAUAAGGAACAAGUAUAUAGUAAGUUUAGUCACUUAAGAUUCAUGUACAUGCAAAUAUGUCUUCAGUUGUUAGAUGUCCAGAUUGCAUAGGUUUAAGUUAGCUACCCGUAAAAUCCAUUUCUGCUGGAACUCUGUGACCCUGUAGGGAAGCAGAAACUGGCUUUCUUCUACACUUCCAGGUUCUUUGGGCUUCAGAUUAAUUCACACAAGAUGGUCUAACAAGAGAAAAAUGUACUGUGUUGUGGUAUGUACAUCUGGGAGUCCUACAAAAUAGAUUCAAAAAAGGGUCAGAUAAUUGAUGCUUAUAAAGUACCCUGAGCUUCUGGGGCUGGGGUGGAGGAAACAAGGAUGAAUAAAGAUGGUCUUGUACAGAUAAAAAGGUAACAAAAUUUGUCUGGAGCAGCCCUCUUUUGAUACAGGUACCUUUGCUAAUGUGAGUUUCCUUUCUAGGUGUCCAUUUAUUUUACAAAAGGACAACUUUUCAGAGCUACUCCUGUGUCUGCAGUUUCCAAGCUCAGUAGCUCCCAAAGAAGUAUAUUUUGGAGUGGUAAGUUAUCUUCUUAGUAUUGGUAAUUCUAGAACACUACUUAAGAUCCUGGUGUCUUAGAAUUACCAGUACUGUGGGCCUUACCAGCUCCAUCAGAUUUAAACACUUAAAACAAGUAGGGCUGGAGGUGGUAGAGCUGUAGGUGGCAUUAGGGGAGAGGUCAGACAAGUAAAUGUGCACUUUUAAAUGUAAUAAGACUCUUUGAGCUGGGUGUGGUGGUACAUGCCUGUAAUCCCCAUACUCAGGAGGGUGAGGCAGGAGAAUAAAAAGUUCCAGGAUAGUGUGGCUACAUAGUGAGACCCUGUCUCAAAAAAAGUUUUUUGAUUUUUUUUUUUUCUUCUGGCAUUCCACUAAUUGUACACUGUAAAUUUAA